AUGGUUGACUGGUCUAGUCUUCAUUAUGAUCUUUUAGUCCUUAUUGUCAGACGCAUACCUUUGUACGAUGAUUUUAUUGCUUUCGGUGGAGUUUGUCAAUCAUGGCGAUUUUCAUUGAAACAAUAUUCUACGAGUCAAAGAAUACCCAAGACUCCAUGUCUUAUGCUUGCAGAAAAAGAGGGCAGCAGCUACUUGCGUGGCUUCUUCAGCCUCAACCUCAGCCUCUCCAAAGGCAUAGGAGGCAUGACUCGCCAAGUCCUGUUACCCCAAGCUUAUGGGAAGAUGUGCUUUUCAUCACAAGGAUGGCUUAUUACCAUAGGAAAAAACCUCAGGAUUAAGCUUUUGCACCCCUUUUUGCGGCUUCAAAUAAAGCUUCCGCACAUGAGAACUCUCUUUCAUCAAGAGAUUAAACACCUUGAUAAACCUGUUACCUGGUCGUAUGCCGCUUUUUUUGACAAGAUUGUGUUAUCAGCGAGCCCAUCUGAGACAUCAGACUAUGUUGUCAUGGCCAUAUAUGGGGCUUAUGAAAAGUUUGCCUUUUGCCGACAUGGAGAUAAGUCUUGGACUAAAAUUAGAACAAAAUUUCCAUUCUUGGAGUGUUUUUUGGAUGUUGUUUACUAUAACAACAACAACAAAUUUUAUUGUGUUGAUAAUCAGGGAGGAGUUUUUGCAUGUGACAUUAGAAGCCCGGAUCCUGGUUUAACAAGUACCCCAGUGACAACUCUUCCUGAGGAACUAGCUCACCGAAUUAGUGAUGUAACACUGUUUUACCUGGUAGAAUCGUCAGGAACUUUGUUGCUAGUUUCACAACAACUGGAUCUAUUAGUACCCCCUGUAUGGGGGGAAGGGAUUAACGAAUACUGGACCAAGGGGUUCAUAGUUUUUGAGGUGGGCUUAGACGGCAGGGAGUGGAAGGAGUUGAAGAGCUUGGACAAUAGAGCCCUUUUCUUGGGACAUAACUCUUCCAUAUCUGUUGAGGCAUUUGAUUUCUCGGGUUGCAUUCCUAAUUGCAUUUACUUUACUGAUAGUUUCAGUGACUCAUCAAAUAUGCGGAUACCCGGUGGAGGAGGGAGAGAUAUGGGCAUCUACAACAUGCUCGAUGGAAGUAUCCAACCAUGCUAUCCAGGCCAAUCUCGUUCUAACGUAACGCCACCUAUGUGGGUUGUGCCUAGCUUAGGAAUUACAAACUCUAUUCCAAAGGUUGCACCUUUGGUCUAA